GCAUGCGCACUCCGUUGCCAAGGAACUGGCGAAGGCAGGUAUGCGACAUAAGUCAGUCGCUCACACCUGUUCAUACCUGAAGAGGAAAUUUAUUUAAAAUAAUAAUAAAAAUAUGUCGGGCUUCGACAGCAACCCUUUCGUCAAUCCUGUGGAGGUGAAUCCUUUCCAGGAUCCUUCAGUGACCCAGGUGACGAGUACAGCGACAGAGAACAUAGACGAGUACAACCCUUUCUCAUCCAGGAACCAGGAAAAUGGAACCACCAUACCUAUCUCAGCUGGAUCUCAGCCCGCUGUUCUGCAGCCCACCCUGGAGCCCAGUCCUCAGGCCAGGGUGGUGGCUGCGCAGACCGACUUUCUCAAACAGCAGGAGGAAUUGGAGAAGAAAGCAGCCGAGCUCGAACGCAAGGAGCAGGAACUCCAGAACCGAAACGCAGGCAGAGGUAAAGAAAAUAACUGGCCUCCACUGCCGAGAUUUUUCCCAAUAAAGCCAUGUUUCUAUCAGGACUUUAAUGAGGAAAUCCCGCUGGAAUACCAAAGGGUCUGCAAGAUGAUUUACUACCUCUGGAUGUAUCACUGCGCGACGCUCUUCUUGAACCUGCUGGCAUGUUUAGCCUACUUCAUUGCACAUACUCAGAACGGCGUCGACUUUGGCCUCUCCAUCCUCUGGUUUAUUCUCUUCAGCCCCGCCGCUUUCAUGUGCUGGUACCGGCCUGUUUAUAAAGCCUUCAGGUCCGACAGCUCCUUCAAUUUCUUCUUUUUCUUCUUCAUCUUCGCCUUCCAACUGGCAGUGUACAUCAUUCAGAGCGUCGGCAUCCCCAGCUGGGGAAACAGUGGUUGGAUCAUCGCCAUCUCCGCGAUUCGAAGCAAUCUUGCAGUCGCUGUGUUCAUGAUGGUCGUGGCCGGAUUCUUCACAGUCAACGCAGUGCUCGCACUCAUGUUACUGAAAAUGGUCCACGGUUUGUACAGGAGAACAGGUGCAAGUUUCCAGAAGGCACAGCAGGAGUUCUCUGAGGGCGUCGUGAGAAACCGAACAUUCCAGACCGCUACAGCAUCCGCCGCCUCCUCGGCUGUUCAUGGGGCCUUUCAGUAACAUGGAGCAUUCUGAACUGUCCAUCACUCAUCCCACAAAACAUCACCUCUCCUCUGUGUUUAAGAAACUCGUCUUCAUUUCCUGAAGAAAUGUUCCAUAGGAAUACUCUAGAGGUCAGUAGUGAGCAAAACGUGGUGGGGUUUUUUUUAUUUUUAUUUUUUUUAUAUAAAGUUAAUGCACAUGAACACUUCCUGAUUAUUCUUGCUUAUCCAUGUUAAAUGAUCUAAAACAUUCUUUCCUCUAUCAGUGGUACCAAUUAGUGGUGGACUAUAUGAUGAAAACCCAUCAUGAUUUGCAAGGCAUCAGGUUAUAUAGUUUUGCUUAUAAACGACUAAACAAACAAUAGUCUAGCAUUUGUAAAAUUAUACUUGAUGUAUACAAUAAAUUUAUUCUUCUUAUUAAAAAGAUAUAUUUAAGAAUGGAAAUGAGAAAAUGUAAAAAAAAAAACAAUUUUUUAAAACUUAGUUUUAAAGAUUAAGUACAAGAUGCAUCAAAUUAGCUACUUCCGAUCACUUUGUAAUUAUAAAACAAAAAUUAAAUUAUAUCACAAUAACCACAGAAUCUUAAAAAAAGCAUAUUGUGCUGGAAUUUAUUACGCUAUCAUAUCGUCAUAUUGCCCAGCCUUUGUACCAAUGGUGUAAAGGCAACAAAAAAAACCCCCAAAUGUACAGUUGCCCACUUUUCCCAUCCCAUUUUGUUUUUAUGUCCGUAAGCAGAAAACCUGAUCCAGAGUGACCUUACAGAAGUGCGAGGUCACUAGAUCAGACCGUGUGUCAAGAAAACAUCCAAGAUCGUAGAAAAUAGAUCUGUAGAAAUGCAUUACUUUUUCAACCCCAUUUUUUCCCCCUCUGCUAAUAAUGCCAGUUCCCACCAGCCAGCUCUCCUCGAUCACACUACAGCUACCAGCAGGGGAGGGUGAAGACUAAUGUGAUUCCUCCAAGACAUGUGAAGCCAACCAAACACAUCUUUGCACACUGUUGCUCGUGUAAGAGCAUAACACACUUGGAGGAAGUCACUGCCCGCCCUCUUCUUCCCUUCGACCCAGAGAGCACGGCUUAUUUUGCUGUCUAAACUCACAGCCACAUUUAGCUUUGGUAUUGUUGGGAUUCAGACUUUUUUUUCCCCCCUGACGCUUUACUGUUGCAUCAUUUUGAUUAUUCGAGGAUGGUUUUGUAUAAAAAUAAAAAAUAAAAAGUAUCCAGGGACACUAAUUCUCAUCACGGUCUGAAUAGGGCUUUUGGUACUUUUUUUUUUAUUUUUUAAAGGAUUAUUUAAGUGGAUAACAUUUUUACAAAUGCAAUGGCAAAAACGAACAAAACUUGCAGUCUGUUAAAGAACUCUUUUUUUUAAGUGCAUUUAUUUAAUGUAUAACAGUCCUGUGCAAAAGUCUUAGGCACGUGUAAAGAAAUGCUGUCGAUCAAAAAUAAUGAAAUGUUUCAACAUAAAAAAAUUAAUGAAACAAAGUCGGGCGGCACGGUGGUGUAGUGGUUAGCGCUGUCGCCCCACAGCAAGAAGGUCCUGGGUUCGAGCCGGCGAGGGCCUUUCUGUGCGGAGUUUGCAUGUUCUCCCCGUGUCCGUGUGGGUUUCCUCCGGGUGCUUCGGUUUCCCCCACAGUCCAAAGACAUGCAGGUUAGGUUAACUGGUGACUCUAAAUUGACCGUGAGUGUGAAUGGUUGUCUGUGUCUAUGUGUCAGCCCUGUGAUGACCUGGCGACUUGUCCAGGGUGUACCCCGCCUUUCGCCCGUAGUCAGCUGGGAUAGGCUCCAGCUUGCCUGCGACCCUGUAGAACAGGAUAAAGCGGCUACAGAUAAUGAGAUGAGAUGAAACAAAGUCAAUAUUUGGUGUAAGACGACCCUUUGCUUUAAAAAAAAAAAAGUCGUCUCCGGUAUAAUAGUGCAGUUUUAUAAGGAAACGAGUUGUAGGAUCUUGCAGAACCGGCCGCAGUUCUUCUGGACACUUCGACUGUCACACUCUCUUCUUAAUUUUGCCCCAAAACCCAGUAGCCUUCAUUAUGUUUUCUUUUUUCAUCUGAAAAGUGCUCUCUUAUGUAAUAUGCUGCUCAGAUACAAACUUUUUUUUUCAUGUAACGUUUAAUUUUUUGCUGGAAAAUUACGAACGUUUGGACUCUAAAAUGUAUUUUUACUAACUCGAUAAUGUAGAAGUUAUAAAAUAGAAAUCUAUAACAAAGUUUGUAUGAAAAAAAUAGGGGGCCUAAGACUUUUGCACGGUACUGUAUACGGUAUGUGGCUGCUAUAUUGGUGUACAUGAUGAAAUGCAUUCAUGGAAACAUUGCGUCUGUAUGGUGAAGGUGAAUAGUGAUAAAACGGGGCAUAAUGUGCAGGUAAAGCUGUUUCUACUUUGAUGCAAUACAAACUAAAAUGUUUUAGGUUCUUUUCCUCUCAUGUCAGUGGAAACAUAAACUGUUACUGUACACUUUGCUGAAAACCGUGAUACGCAGACAUUGGAGAGACGGUUGCUUUGGUUACGGCGUAUAUUUCGAGCUCAUUGAUGCGGGAUUUCGUUUUUCCAUUUUGGCUACGUGUUGUGGUCAUGUUCUAGAUGUUCUAUUAUUAGCACAAUUUUGAUCACAAAUGUUUCAGUGUUCUCAAAUUUAUUAUUAUUACUACUACUGUUAUUCCUUUUAUCAUCUGUUCUUUAUUUUCAUGUUUCCACAGUGGAAUGGGAUAUUUUAUGUACAGAUAUUAUUUAAGCUAUUUGAAGUAACCAUAUUUUUGAUUUAUGCGAAUGUUAAAUGAGUUAAUUGUGUAGUGAAUUGUGUAUUUUAUCGCAUUAAUUGGGUGUAAAAUAAAAGUGGUUUAUAUUUUA